GGUGGCCGGUGGACUUGGUAGAGGUGGGACGCUACAGCAUAGAGAGGCAGACAUUUUAUUUUCGAACGUACAUCGUACUACAUCCAUUGGCACGUUCAGGAGAGCUUAAGCUCGAAGUUCAUCAAAAAUAUCAUCAAAUAAUACUUACAAAUCAACUAGAUCAUCUCACAUUUUAAAAAAGACCAUUGUCAUCAUAUCUGACUUCUGUAACUCAUCAGUAUACUAAAAUGAGUUACGGCUACAACAAAUACAGUUCUACUAUGAGCUCACGCGGUCGAGGAUUUAGUUCCCGUGGAGGUAGUUCAUACAGAGGUCGAGGAGGUGGAGGAGGAAGUGAUUGGGGUGGAGGAUCUACCGGAGGAAAUAUGUCAAAUAGAGGAAGUUAUUCCUCUUCGAGAGGAGGCAGAUUUAAAUAUUCUACUACCAGUUAUGAUUCACGUUCUAAAUACAAUUCAGGUGGAUCUGAAAGAUAUUCAAGCAGAGGUGGUAGAGGUGAACAUUCAAAUAGUUAUAAACGCCCACGUGAAUCUUAUUCUGGUAGAGAUGAUCAUCGUUCUUCUGGAGAUUCCACCCGCAAAAGGAUUAGAAGCGAUUCUUAUCAGGGUGGAGGUGGUAGCGGUAGCGGUUCGCAGAGGUACUCCUCGUCGUACGGUGGUUCAUCGGCAUCGGCUCCAUACGAUGACAAUAAGGGCUCGUCAUCGUCGGCGGUUUAUGAGGACAAGAGACAGAGCGAACGAGCCUCGUCAUAUCACCGUUCGGAGGACCGUCAUUCGGCUUCACGGAGCUAUGCACCUCCGCCACCCCCUCGCAUUAGCGAGAUGGCGCCCCCGACUCAGAGAUACAACUCUAGUCGAGGAAGAAUAUCGCAUCAAAGCUCUAACUACAGAGGUCGCAUUUCCACUCGCGGCAGCAGUCGAGGGGGUGGAUUUCAUCGGAUGAGCUCUCGAUCGGACGUCAUCAUGGCUCGCAAGCGUACCCUACACUCGCUCGACUAUCGGCGCAAGCUGCUAGGUUCGCGUUCGCGAGACUACAUCCAGCGUAUGCGCAUGACAACUACCAAAUUGCGCAGGAGUAGCGGUACUACUAGGCUAUCCGGAAGUAAAAAGGAGUCAGGAUCAGGAAGCAGCAUGAAGGACAAGGAUAGAGAGAUGGCCAAAGCUAUUAACGCUGAGUUUUCCGACGACGACGACGACGAAGACGAUGAUAACAAGAGUAAUUGGGAUGACGAUGAGAAGCCGCAUGAACGGGAUGACGAAGAGGAGGAAGAUGAGGAAGAGGAAGAGAAAAAGAAAAAAGAUGAAAAGAGAAAAAAGGAAAAACAAGAGAGAGAAAGACAAAAUACCGAAGAUGAAGAAGAGAAAGAUGACGAAGUUAAGGAGGACGAGGAAGAUACGAAACAGGAGGACGAGGAAGAUGACGGCGAUGACGAAGAAAGAGAUGAAAAUGAUAAAAAUGAACAUGGUAGAAACGCUGAUUCGGAGGAAUUACCUAGUAGACGUGAUGGAAGAAAAUUCAUCAAAUUAAAUUGUCCACAUUGUGCACAUCGUAGCGUUACCUUUAAAGAAUAUUCUCUUCAUCUAUAUUCUGGACGUCACAGUGCAGCUAUGAGACGUAUCGCAUCUCGACACAAAGCAACUCUUACGCGUAUGCGAGUUCUACAAAGACAGGAACAGCGACGAGUAGAAGCACGCGAUGCCAUUCGUGGUACAUUACCCUCUCGUACCAUGUUCUGUCCUAUAUGCAAAUUAAACUAUCGUUCUCUAAAAGCAAUACAUCAAUUGUCAGAAUCGCAUCGUCAAAUGAAACGAUUCCUCACACCGUUUUGUCGUGUUUGUCGUAUUCAAUUCAGAUCGCCAAUGCUCUUCGAAACGCACAUGUGUUCUCUCGAUCACAUAAAGAGGAAAAGCGUAUGGAAAGAAAGAAUGAACGCUGGAAAUGAUGAGGCAGAGGCAGAUUCCAGUGGUCCCGAGGAAGACGAUAAAGAAGUCAAUCUGGACAACUUCAUGACUUUAGAUUCUGUCGGCGAUGUGGAUGAGGACGAAGAAAGUAGCGAUAAAAAAAAAGAAAAGACGACAGAGGGUGAAAAUGUGAGCGAGGCUGAAAAGAAGCCAAAGAAUAAACAAAUGAUUAAAGUGGGAGCGGAAUAUAUAAAACGCGUAGAAGUACAAUUUUGCGAGUUGUGUAAAGUUUAUCUGCCGCGUAGUGAAAACAGUAAAAGAGCAGUGGCGCUUCAUUGUUCCACUCGAAGCCAUCUGAAACGGUAUGUACGAGAUAACGAUGAUAAAGCGCUACGAAGAGAAGCAGAAAGAAUACACCUUCAGUCGUCGUCUUCUGUAAAUACAAGUACUAAUUCCAACGCUAUCAACACGUCCGAUACUACAAAAGCUUUAACGAAUUCUGAAACGCCUACAUCGACGAGCGGUACUCAACCAUUGUCUACGAAUGGCAAUAACAAUGGUAUGGAAAAUGCGAAAAUUGUCGAACAGAAAUUGAACGCUAUUGAAACGGAGAAAAAUGCAAAGGUCAAUAAAAAUGGUCAGGGAGAUGAGGACGAUGACGAUGAUUAUCAUGGCGAUGGCGGUGCCAAAUUGUGGGAUGACGUUGAUAAAGAUUUAGGUGAUAUAUUGAGAGAGACCGAGCCAGGAACAAAGUCCAGCGAUGAUGAAGAUUCUCGCUAUGAUCGUUUUCGUAAUUCAGACAAAAAACAACAGCAACAACAUGGGAAGGAAAAGGAAAGAGAUAACGAAAAGAUCGAGGGAAACGAUAACGAAAGUAAUAACAAAAAACAAGAUACGAAGAUAAAAUGUGAAAAAGUGGAUAUAUAAUUGUUCGAAAAUUUUACUAUCAGUACGUUUCACUCAUACCCUUCUGUUCGUACAUUGUCUUUAUAUGUGGUUGUCUUUUAAUCUGAUAACUUGGCGUACAAUAGUAGAUUGUUAAGUUUUAUUUUAUAUCGUUGAAAUACAGAAUUGUACGAUUACUUAGAGAUUACGAUGUAAUAUUUCUCAUGUAACUAGUUGAAAGCUAUUCUAAGACACAGUCGAGCGAGUUAAGAAAAGUAAAUAAUUUUGAGAUAUUGUUUUGAUUUUAAAAACUAAAGAGCUGAUAAUUUUAUUCAGAUUAUAGAAAGAACAUUGCGAUCAAGUUUUUAAUAACUCUUAUUCAACCAUAAAUGGAAACUAGAUAUCAAAUUGUUUCAAUAUUAUGGUACUAAGCUUGGUUCUUAUUGGAUUUUUUUCUUUCUUUUUUUUUUCAUUUUUUGGUACAAGGGCAUGUCUGAAAUGUACGCUUUUUACACUAUUGUAAACUUCACGAUGUUCAAUUCCUUUGUAAUUCAAAAGUCAUUUCAUACGCACAUGUCUAACAGCAAUACAAAAAUGAUAAAAGAAAUGCUGUAAAAAAAAAAAAAAGAAUAACUUUUCAUAUAAGUAUCUCUUAGUACAAUUGUGCGAAAAAAAAAAAAAUAGUGGUUAAUUCUUUGUGAGUCCCAGGUAUGUGGAGUAACAGAACAAAGAAAAGACGGUAGAUAUUGAUUUUUAAUUAACAUGUAAAUGAGUAUAUAAUAAAAUGUCACUGUAGACAAUGAAUAAAUAAACUUAACAUUAUUAAAUACA